GGGAUUGGACAGCGAUGACAUUGAAGCCGCGACACAAACGACACCCCUUUCCAGUCGCUCUCCACAAUCACUCCACCUGACAGCAGCAAGAAGCCGAGCCGGCCUGUACCUUGCAACUUGAACUUCCGAAGUGGCCUCUAUCUUGAUUGGUAAUACACGGUAACGUUACGGUAAGUUACUAGGCAUAGCAAGGAAUGCAAGAACCGGCGCCCAAGCCUUCAAAAGAUCUGCGCUGUCACCUCAGAAAGUUGCGGCACUGUUUACUGUGCGGGCACAGUGACCAAACAAGGCUUCUAAAGCCUCUGAAAAUAUUCAGGACGAAUCUUGUUUCCAAUUGGCUUCUCCACGUGUUACGUGCAGUGUACACCGUCGUCAACGGGUCUCGAUCCAGCCCGCAGCCCAAGGCUCGGAUAGGUGAAGCAAAAUGCUUUCUUUUUGCCCCUGGCAUGCGUUUCAGCUUGUCCAUGAGGUCCCUGCAGCCAGCAACUCAAACCCGUCAUCAUCAGGCGCAGGCGGGUGUCUCUCGAGUUCUGACUCCGAGAGACCGACGGUGUUUCCGGCCUCGGCUCCCACACACUCCGGCCGGCUCUCGCCCUGCUUCUGCAAGUUCUGCAGGUCGGGACAGAAACACAAGGGACCGGAUCUUGUGCCCUAUAGGCCGUGCUGCAUCUCCGUAUCCAGUCCCUGGUCCGAUGUCGAGGCGGGGAGCUCGCCCGGAUCAGCCCAAAUGCGGGGGCAGCCAGAGCCAGCUUCUCCAUACAAAACAGACGGUUGUUGGUAGGGGCUCUCUAGAUCGCGGCGCCUGGUCCUCUAACUUUUUGAUGAUCCUCUGACGCUAUAGAGAUAUGCCUUGAGCCUCCAAGAUGCCGGGAUUCAAUCAUCACCCCACAACCUCCCCACCUGCAGUUCAGCUGAGGUACCCAACGUGCCCAGCCGUCCUCCGUACCUGGAAGUAUCCU